AUGGCGAUGGGCCUCUCCCCACAAGCUGCUCGCCAGACGUCCCAGAAGAGCUGCGAGGCUGAGCCCAGAGUCUUGCCCUCUCAGAGCCUCCUGCAGGAGGACGACCCAGAGUCCCCAUCCCGGCAACUGCAGGCCACCGGUUCAAGGGGCAGUGAGCCCCACAGCAACCUUGACCUCUCCCAUGGGCCCCUGGUGACCUUGGAGUACCUGCCCUUCUUCCGCACCUACGGGCAGCUCCUGGCUGAGGAGGAGCUGUCCCCGCGGCCUGAGGUUUGCAGGGACCAAGGAGGAGACCAGAGUAUCAGAGGGGAGGACUCAGAACUGCCCAGUGGCUUCUUCCCUCACUACCGCUCCAAGGAGGAGAGUUUUCCCAGCCUGGCGCUUCCUGGCAGGUGGUGUUCAGGCUCCCGUGACCCACCCACCAGGAGGGAGCUGCAGGCUGGCCCGGCAGGCCCAGACCUCAUCUCUGGGCUCUCUCACUCACCGACUCGCUGCCCCACCCUGCUGGUCUCAAUAGGGCACUCCCGUGACAGCGGCUUGGAUGCGCCUGUCUCCAGCGACGUUGCUUUCGGGGGCCAGGCCCUGUGUGCUCCAGGAUUCGUGCCUUACUACAGAAGCCCUGAGGAGUGUCUGCGCACGAGCCCUGGGCCUCCCGCCUGUCCGCUUUGGGGCCAGGAGUCCCCAGGGAAGCUGCCCGGGCCUGCUUCCUCCUCUUUGGAGCAGCAGGCAGGACACAGCGACACAGCACAUAUCUGCUGA